AUGUUACGUCCAAUUGGUUCACUAUUAAGUCGAACAUCACAAAAACACACUGAAGCCUUCUUUUCUGGUGAUUUCCAAGAUUUUACGAGUGAACACCGUGGUGGCAAACAUACUAGUGCAUUUUUUGAUGAUUUCCCACAAAUUGAAACAGAAGCUAAAGUUUAUACGCUUACCCGAUGUUCCGAUAAAGCAGCAAAUUUUAGUGUUAAUGAAUUAGCGAAAUUUAUCGAUGAGAAAUAUUAUGAAACAACUGGAACAACAAAACCAAAAGAUAGUGAAUUAAUUAGAUCAGAAGCUUCAGUUCGGUAUAGAGAUUCAAAUGGAAAAGCACAAGUUUUAGAUUGUUUUUUUGUGAAUGGGCCAAAUCGUGGUUUAAGUAAAGGGUUGGCGGUGAUUGCAAAAGAGUUGAAUGUAAAAAAUGCUGAUCGUCUAACAUUACCACAAUUACGCGCUCAUCUCGCUGAUCAUCCAGCAUUUCAAAAUGUAGGAUUUAUUUAG